AUGCUUGUCAUUAAUGGUGUGAUUCUGCAGCUCUUCUCUGAAAGCUCUGACACGUGUGACACCGUGAGCUCUGUAUUGUUGAAGCUCUUCAGCACUGUAAACGGCAGUGAUGUGUCGCUGUUUGUACAGGAGGAGGCUGCAGAGGAGCCCAAAACACCAAAGAUCCGAGACACACCAGAGGAUAUCAAACUAGAGGCUAUUGCCAACACGAUCGCAUUCCACCCCAGUCAAGACAUCCUGGCAGCUGGAGACAUUGAUGGAGACAUCUACCUAUUCUCGUACUCCUGCGCUGAAGGAGCAAACAAAGAGCUGUGGUCAUCAGGACAUCAUCUGAAGUCCUGCAGGAAAGUGCUGUUCUCCGGCGAUGGACAGAAGCUCUUCAGCGUGUCUAAAGACAAGGCCGUUCACAUCAUGGACGUGGAGGCUGGGAAACUGCUGACACGCAUCCCCAAAGCUCACAAGGCCCCCAUCAACGCCCUGCUGCUGGUGGAUGAGAAUAUCUUUGCGACGGGCGAUGACGAGGGAAUGCUGAAGGUCUGGGACGUGAGGAGAGGAACCUCGUUCAUGGAUCUGAAGCAGCAUGAGGAUUUUAUCAGUGAUAUCACCAUCGAUCAGGACAAACGGACCCUGCUCACUUCCAGUGGCGACGGCACUAUGGGUGUGUUCAAUAUAAGAAGACGAAGAUUUGAACUGCUUUCCGAGUUCCAGAAUGGAGAUCUUAACUCUGUUUGCAUUAUGAAAAGAGGCCGUAAGGUCGUUUGUGGAUCCGGCGAGGGCAAAAUCUACAUUUUUAACUGGAAUGGUUUUGGUGCCACCAGCGACCGGUUUGCGGUUCAGGCCGAGUCUGUGGAUUGUAUUGUGCCGAUCACUGACAGCAUUCUGUGUGCCGCCUCCACCGACGGAGUCAUCAGAGCUGUGAGUGUCCUGCCGAACCGUGUUCUGGGCAGCGUCGGGCAGCACGCCGGCGAGUCCAUCGAGGAGAUCGCGAGAUCCAGAGACACACGCUUCCUCGCCAGCUGCGCUCACGACCAGCUCGUCAAGUUCUGGGACAUCUCCAGCUUACCAGACACCAGAGUCAGCGAUUACCGGCGGAGAAAGAAGAGAGACCGACGCCUCAAAGCUCUGAGUAAUAAAGCUUUCGACACGGGACAGGAUUUCUUCGCCGGCCUUUUAGACUCAACUGAAGAAAACCGGAAUAAAGAAGAUGAAGAGGAGGAGGAGGAGGAGGACAGUGACAGUGGGAGCGACUGAAAAUACUUAACUCCUGCAAUACUGUGUUGCCGUUUCUAUAUUUCAUGUAUAUUUUCUGAAUCAGUUUCUCACACACGCACACAUUAAAUUAUAUGCUAUUACACAUCUGUAUUUGUAUAAUAUAUCAUUUAAAAUACAUGCUGUGCUGUCAUAAACUUUGCUACAUUCAUUGCCCAAGAAACAUCAAAUAACACGUUCACAUAAAAUAGACAGUAUUUGAAACAAAAGUUUCUAUGU